AUGACACCUCAAGAGGUCGGGCUUCUCCUCCGUCAGAAUGGCCGCGAUGCUUCGCCAAGCCACGCCGGUGAUUCGUCCGAGGCAUCGGAUGUGGCUCGGCCGAAACGGACAGAGUUGCUUGCUGGCGUGCUCGGCACAUGCGAGCACCUGAGGUCCACGGAUUCCGAGCAACUGGACUUGGUCGCAGAGAAGUUGGCUGACGGCAGCCGAGACGUCUCGUGGCGGCUGCCGUAUGGCGAUUCAGGAAUUCUGGACUUCUUCAUUGCACUUUUGUCUCAAGGUCCCUUGGGGCCGAAACUGCACAUCCAUGCCCUCCGUUUGAUAGGCAAUUCCUGCGCCGAUACCGACGAAAACCGGGCGCGGGUGGUUGACAAGGAACAACUGCUGGCCAUCAUCCCGCAUUUGAAAAACGAAAGUCUGAUUCCUUUCCACAUUCCCGUCAUAUACAACAUCUUGGUAGACUAUGAUCCCGCCCAGAUUCUUGCCUCCAAGUCAGGCUUCAGCAAAGAGCUCGUCACCAUCCUCUCCUUGCCUAACAUCUCCGAAUAUGCUGUUUUCGUGCCGUACAUCUGCAAGAUACUAGCGCUCCUCGUCUCCCAGCAAGGCGAACCUGCUGUUGCCGACCCUGACACGGUUGGCGUGCUCCUCGGACUGGCGGCACAACCGGUGGCCAAGGCUGAUGUCGAGUGUUUCAUUAGCCUGCUAGGAGUCGCUGUGGCCUACCUUGCGUGCGAGGACUUCCAAACUAGGCUCGUUUCUGACAACCAGGUCCCGCUGUUUCUCGAUGCGUUUCAUCACCUGCACGCCGGACUCGACAUCAAAGACGUCGGAGACGACGACUUGAUUGCUCAAAUAAAGAAGUUGCGGAGCUCAUUGCUCUCCACCUUGGCGGAUAUUUCCGGCCAUGACUCUUUCAUCAAAACGUACCCCUUGUCCGACAUUGUGCCACAGUCGUUGGUGGUUUGGGCGCGCAGCAACAAUCCUUUCCUGCAGGCAGCCGCGUGUCUUGCUCUGGGUAAUAUCUCUCGCUCCGACGAGGCAUCGCUUGCUUUGGUAGAGUCCUGCAAGGUACAUGAGCCAUUGGUGAAGCUGCUGGCUGAUCCAGCUGUCACCGAUGGUCAGCUUCUUCAUGCUGCCUGCUCGUUUCUCAAAAACUUGGCGAUCCCGCCCAGAAACAAGCCACGUCUUGGGGAUUUGCUGCGAUUGCCGUGCGUCCCGAGACUGUACUCCCUGGACACGACGCCUCAAGUCCAGUUCGCAGCUGUCUCGCUGACGCGCCUCCUGCUGCUCAACUGCCCCCCAAACGCUCGAGAGCUUUGCACUCCCGUAGAACUCACUGCCCCCCAUACAGGUGUUGGCGAUAUCAUCUCCCUGUUCGGACGGUCCGACGCCGAGUCAACCAAGCUUGAAGCAGCGAGAUGUGUGGCUGGCAUAUGCCGGAUUCUACACUCUACGCCAAUAUCCGAGGUCCUGACCCAAUCAUACUCCACCACCGGUGCAUUCGAGACAAUGAGCGAUGAAGACAGAAGGACCGACUUCUACCGGAGACACCCCGUCCAUGAUGCGCUGAGAUUUCUCAUCACGCAAGACAAAUGGCCGUCGCUACGGUCCGAGGCUUGGUUCAUCCUCGCGCUCAUGUCACGUUCCAAAGAUGGUGCUCGGAUAGUCUUGUCGAUAUUGAAGGACAGGGUGGCGGAUGGAACCUUGAUAGAAACCGUCACAGGGCAAAAACCAGAGAGUAUGCAGACAGGUACUGGAAGCGACCACGUCUCAGGGCAUGCUGCAGACUUGACUGGAACCUUGCCACUCGAAACUCAGCAAACUGAUCCAAAACAGAGAGCUCCUCCUCUGUCGAAAGCGGAUGGAGAGAAUGCUCUCGUCCUGUGCACUGAGUUGUUGAAAGUGGCCGAGUCUGAAAUGACACCCGAAAGAUCCGCAAUGUUACAAGACCUGAUCAAACAAGGAACUCGACGCAUUGCCGCUAAUCAGGCUAUUGCAGACCCCUGA